GACACACACACACACCGGCCUGUCCCAGACACACACACACACCGGCCUGUCGCAGACACACACACACACCGGCACGGGGGUUUCUUUAGACUGCCCUCCUUACUCUCCGAUACCGCCCACACACACCCCGGACAGAGAUGAGAAAGGUGUCGAGAUGGAGGUGUCAACUUAUGCCUGCCGAGCGACGGCCUAUCAGCAUUCGCCAUCCGCCCCUGAGGCGGAGCCUAAACCAGAGGUCACAGCGAGGUCAGGACCGGUCCUCUUCCCAUCGCUAGCCGAAACUUGCUCGGCCUCUUCGGCCAACAAAUCCGUCUCUGACACUGUCAAACUUUGUCGCGCACACACCCCCUCUCCUGCCCAUGGCUCCCCCAGCCCUCCCACUCCUCCCCCCCUAACCAUUGUCCCAGAGGACCCCAUGGCCGGUAUGAUGGCUCUGCUGGCAGCCAGCCAGAUGCCCCAGGCCGCACCCCCCGCCCCGGUCAUCCCUCCCCAGACAGAGGGCUCAUCCCUGGGGAGGGAUGCGGCCAGCCCUGGGGGUCUGGACGGGAUGACUCUCCUCAGCAACAUGGCUUCUCUGGAGAUGGACAGGAUCCAGCAGAUUAACGAUGAGGUGUUGUGUGGUCUUGACAGUCUGUUAGCUGCUAGUAGACGGGUGUUACUGGAGGCGAUAGAGGAACAGUCUCACGUCUCCCUCCCCAGACAACUGGACCCCAGCAAGACCUACAGCUGGAGGCACAGGAAGGACACCCAGUUGCCGAACAAGGUGUGUGUGGAGGUGGGAGACGUGGGGGAGGUGGAUUAUCGGGUGAGGUUGGCGGAGCUUCAGAGGCGAUACAAGGAGAAUCAGAGGCAGCUAGUCAAACUGCAGAGACGCACGGAUAGACAAGAGCGCCAGCAACAAGAGGAGGAAAGGCGGAGUCUAAUCAGACGUGGGCGAGGACGACCUAGGAAGAGGACACAUGUAGCCACUCCCCCCGGGAAACUGGAGUCCAGGCAGGGAAAGUUGGGCAGGGCAGUCCAGUACUCAGAGGACUCAGAGCAGGGGGAUGGUGGGUGGAAGAGGUUCCGCUGUUCCAGGCAGGAGGAAGAGGUAGAAGGGCAAAUGAAGAGGAGGAGGAAGAAUAACAGAUGGAAUGACCAGGAUCCAUCCACUAGUCACUGUCUGGAGCAGGUCAAGGCGCGUGGCAGUAACCAUGGUAAUCGUGCGUGUGAGCAGGACCAGCUGGCCAGUGAUUUGGACCGGGCCCUUUCCCUGUCCCAACUGGGCACACUAGGUACUUCCCGCCACACGACCUCUGACCCCAGCAGGAGGACGAAGGUCAGCGGGGGGAAGGAUGAUGGGAGGAGGAAGUGGUCUGUUCAAGGGGGGAAACAGAUGAUGUCUGGCGACGUAAAGGUUGAAGGUCAAAAGAAGACGUUCUCUCCUCCGCGCUCCUCCCCUUCUCAACGCACCAGCUACCACUACAACUCUGAUUCUGAGGAGGACAUUACCCCUGGGGGCUGGCCCCCUCUUUCAGGGCCAAGACUCCACACAGUCCCACCAAGGAAGAGGCUGUCCCCGUCCUCGUCAAAUCAGGCGGCUCGGGAGAGGAAACAGAAGCACUUAUCCCUCCUGCUGCAGGAGGCGGGGCUUAGCUCCUCAGACGACUCCUUCGACCAAGAGUCCUCCGACCAUGACGAAGAUGAACAGGAGGAUGAGUCCGGCUCAGACGGGAGUGACCCAGAGGAGAGUGGGCUGGGUCUGCUGGCCAGGUAUGCGGCGAGCGCACUCCCAGUUAACCCCGCACCUGUGACCCGUCUCCACGACAGCAAGCACCACAGAAGGCGAAGCAUUCUGGGUGUGGAGUGCGAUUGGGACUCCGGUUCUGAUGUGCGUCUGAGGAGGUUCCCCUCUCUGCUCCACGGUCAACGCUCCACCCCGGAGCUCCCCCUGUUACCCCCAGUAACACGCCGUGGCGACCAGCCUAGCAACGAGACUUCACCGGUCAAGCGAAAGCCACGCCCCUCUCCCAGGUCGCCCCGGAGGUUCACAUUUGACCCACCCAGGGGGUUAGGGGGAGGGGCUAGUGAGGAGGAGGGAUGGACGCGCAGACGCAGUGAAAGAAUCUUCCUCCAUGAUGCCUCCGCAAAUCAGAUCUCUCACUCCAGCAAAGACCAGCCAAUCAACGCAAAGCCCGCCCCCAGAGUUAAGACUACACGCAGGGAGGGGAAAGAUGUGGUGAAGAAAAAGAGGCUGAAGGACCCUCCCCUGACUCCGCCCUCCCAGUCUAGUCCAAUCACAGAGAGUCCUGUAGCAGCCUCCCUCAGUCCUGCACUCAAGAGCCAAUCAAAACCAAAGGCUAAGCCAAGAGAGGCUCGGGGAGCAGUGAGCAGGUUAAUGGAGAGUAUGGAGGCUGAUGAGGACUUUGAGCCCAGUCAGGACAGCAGUUUCUCUGAGGAUGAUGAACCUCCUUCAUCACACAACAGCACAGCAGAGAGGAACACCUCACCAGCUCCAGUCCAGUGUGUGCUGGAUAAAGACUCUCUUCAGGAUGGUCUGAGGGUUCUGAUCCCCAUGGAUGACCAGCUGCUGUACGCUGGGCAUGUCAACACUGUACACUCUCCAGACAUUUACAGUGUGGUGGUGGAAGGAGAGAGAGGGAACAGACCUCAUAUCUACUGUCUGGAACAGCUUCUGCAAGAGGCUAUUGUGGAUGUGAAGCCACCAUCAGUGCGUCAUCUUCCUGAAGGCUGCCGCAUCGCAGCAUAUUGGAGCCAACAGUACCGCUGCCUCUACCCUGGCACGGUAGUCAAUGGAAGUUCAGACUGCGACGUCACCGAUGACCUCAUAACGGUAGAGUUUGAUGACGGAGACACAGGGCGCAUCCCCCUUUCCCACAUCCGGUUGCUCCCACCCGACUACAAGAUCCAGUGUGCUGAGCCCUCCCCUGCGCUGCUAGUGGCCAGCUGUAACAAGAGGCGUGGCAGGAAGUGCAGCAAGGACAACAAUGACACCAGGCCCAAAGCAGAGGACUCCACCCCAAAGGGCAGAGGGAGACCAGCCAAGAAAAACAAACCCAAACCUGAGCCCACAGUGAAUACAGACCCCCCGACCCCCAGCCUGGCUGCAGAUAGAACACAGACCCCAGCCAGACCAGCCCAGGACAGGACCUCCUCCUCCCAGAGACCCCCUCAGGAAAGACCCCUGCCUGCUCCCAGACCCAGGCCGGGACCAGGUCGACCCUCCAAGACGUCCUCUGGCCCCACCUCCUCACCCAGUCAGGACCCCAGGAGAUCCUGCCCAGCCCAGCCCUCACCCAAACCCCCAUCCUCAGCUCUCUAUCACCCUGCCCCCUAUGGAAAAAUCCUAACCGUGGAUCUGUACAGUCAUCCUAACUUGGCUUCUUACAAUGUCACUCCCAGACCUAACACUAAGACUAGCUCUGGCUCUAAACACAGCCCUACACUACCAAAACCCAGUCCCACUUUGCCUACUAGCAGAGCCAAACCCCUCCUGUCUAACCCUAAAACCAAUCUCGCCGCAGCAACCAAAUCUAAACCCCGACCCAAUGCUGUGUUACCUAGACCCGGGCCCACAGAACUUUCCAGACCCAGACCAGCAAACCCUGACCCUAACCAGAAGAAACCCAGAUCCUCCAACCCAGACCCUAAUCAGAAGAAACCCAGAAUCUCCAACCCAGACACUAACCAGAAGAAACCCAGAACCUCCAACCCAGACUCUAACCAGAAGAAACUGAGAACCUCCAACCCAGACCCUAACCAGAACAAACUAAGGACCCCUACUACACCCAUAUCCAGAUCCAAACAAACCCAGAACACAUCUUCCACCCGACCCAUUGCAGAAUCUUCCACAAGACCCCGACCCAGUCCAAGUCCUUCCAAAGCCAGGUCCAAUUCAGAUCACACCUCCUGUAGACCUGUCUCUAACCCAAAUCCCAGCUCCGAGCCCAGACCAAGACCCAGUGCCCCCGUACAUGGGGUCCCCAGACCCAGGGCCGUGUCAGGGGAGGGCAGCCGGCAAACCCGUCAGGCCCGUCCAGAGGAGCCCCUGGUGAAGUUGGACCACGAGGGAGUGACCUCGCCCAAGACCAAGAAGACCAAGGCUCUGAUGAUGCUGGAGGGGAGGGGAUUACGGAGAGCACCUGCCUACAGAACAGAGAGGGAGGCCGGCCUGGCGGGGAGAGAACCUGACUCCAGAACAGAGAGGGAGGUCGGCCCGGCGGGGAGAGAACCUGACUCCAGAACAGAGAGGGAGGUCGGCCCGGCGGGGAGAGAACCUGACUACAGAACAGAGAGGGAGGUCGGCCCGGCGGGGAGAGAACCUGACUCCAGAACAGAGAGGGAGGUCGGCCCGGCAGGGAGAGAACCUGACUCCAGAACUGAGUUGCUGGGCAGAGACAGAGGCCGGGGGGAGGGAGGGAGUGGACAGAGAAGGGAGAACACAGAAGACAAAGGGAAAAGAGGGGAGGAGAGAAAGAAGAGAAAGGAGUGUCCCAGCAGCACUUCUGGUUCAGAGGAGGAGGACGAAGAAGGAAAGAAAACAAAGAAGAAGUGUAGCUCCAUCUGUUCUCACUCUUCAUGCCCGGCCUCCUCCUCUUCCUCCUCCUCCUCAUCCACCACCACCUCCUCUUCCUCCUCCUCUUCCUCUUCAUCUUCCUCUUCUACUGACGAGGAGACCUCCUGCAGUUCCGACGAGGAAACCACCCCUCCAUCCCCUGCACCUCCCCCUGCCUCCCCUCCUGCGCCUCCCCCAGAGGAGGACCAUGAGGAUGAAACGGAGGAGGAAAUGAAGGAGCUGAAAAAGGAGGAAGAGGAAGUAGAAGAAGAGGACCCGUCUGUUUCCCCCCAUUCCCCGUCUCCUCCCUCGUCUCCCUCCCCCUCCUCCAAACCAGUCAGACCCCGGGGGCGUCCAGCCCGUCAGAAGCCCCAGGGAGGUGGGGGGUCAGUGGGCAGGCCGAGGCGUAGGGAGGGGGUGCAUCUACCCACCACCAAGGAGCUGGCUAAAAGACAAAGACUCCCCAGCGUAGAGAACAGACCGAAAAUAUCAGCCUUCCUGCCCGCCAGGCAGCUGUGGAAGUGGUUUGGCCAACCAACACAGAGGCGCGGCAUGAAGGGCAAAGCUAAGAAGCUGUUCUACAAGGCUAUUGUUCGGGGCAAGGAGAUGAUCCGUAUUGGAGACUGUGCCGUGUUCCUGUCGGCUGGCCGGCCCAACCUGCCGUUCAUCGGGAAGAUCCAGAGCAUGUGGGAGAGCUGGGGAUCGAACAUGGUGGUCCGGGUCAACUGGUUCUACCACCCAGAGGAGACCAACCCUGGGAAGAAACUACAUGACAAGAAGAACUGGGAUCAGAGGUCCGGCCAAUCACUUCCUACCGCUCUGCUCUCCUCCAACCAGAGGACAGACUUCAUGGAGCGUGCGUUGUACCAGUCGUCGCACAGCGACGAGAACGACGUCCAGACGGUCAGUCACAAGUGCCUGGUGGUCAGUGUGUCCGAGUACGAGACCAUGACCCACACCCGGCGCUACGCCGACGGUCAGGACCUGUACUACCUGGCGGGGACAUACGAACCCACCACAGGCAUGAUAUUCAGCACGGACGGAGUCCCCGUGAUCUGCUGAAGACACGCUGAAGACGCCCCGACAUUGACCCAACCAACUCUGACGUUGACCCAACCAACUCUGACGUUGACCCAACCAACUCUGACGUUGACCCAACCAACUCUGACGUUGACCCAACCAACUCUGACGUUGACCCAACCAACAAGACAGUUUUUAACACACACACACAAACACACACCCGAAUGGGUAUAAAGACAAACAGCCCUUUUGUUUUCCUGCACCGUAGUCCUAUGUCAAGAGUAGUUUUGAUGAUAGUUUAAAGAGCCGAACCUUUAAAAAAAAAAAAAGAAGACAGAAAUAUUAUGCUUGCAUAACAUUAUCUUAAUGUUACCGUCUUGUUACAGAAAGUUAUUUUACUCUGUGGUAUUACAGUAGGAGGGAGGGGUGUGGGGCUCGGUUCUGACAGUAUGUCUCUCCUCACCACCUUCUCAAGGACACUAAAUUAACCAGUUGGUCUGAGACAUGAAUGUAGUGGCUUGGGCUAAGCGGGCAUUCCUGUUCCGUUCAUUUAGGCCUCAAACCCUGUCAGCCACGUGGUCUACUUGGUUGUUUUAAUGUGGUUUCAGUACCUGAUGGUGUGGUCAGUUAUUCGGUGAUCUUGGUUAGUUUUGAAAUAUAGUCCUGUGUCAUCGGUCAGAUGCUCGAUAAGUUGUGUGUCUAGAGAAUGAAGAGCUCCGCCCUCUCUGUUUGAAAAUGAAUUUCUAACAUCUGAAAAAUAAGGUUUUGUUCAAGGAAAUGCAACCAGUGCUGCUCUUCAUCUCAUAUCCAGUCUUAUCACAACUGAUCUACAAUCCCAUUGAUGUUCUAAGAUGUCCACAAGAGCUUAAGUGGAGGUUAUAACUUUUGUUUUGGUUCAGGUGACCUGAUUGUCGUCUAAAGGUUACAGAGCUCGUGUAUCCCACGCCUUACAGAGCAUUGGCCAAAUCUUCCCAGCUGUUCUCUGAUUGGUGCCUGAACCUGUCUGGACACGCCUUUUUCCCCUGAGCCUGAAAUCACAGCACAUCCUGGCGUUGUCAGUGUUCAGAUGAUGUGUGUUCAUUGUUGCUCUGCAGUGAACACACACACACACACACCUAUUGUCCCUGCCAGGGUGUAAUUGCCUUCCCCGUCACUAAUUGACCCCCAUCAGGGGAUCAGCCUUUCUUCCGUGCGUUGCACACACACAAUCCCUGUGCAUCAAUCAGCCUUUCGUUUGUUGUGAUAUAUUUUAUUUUUGUUGAUAUUGUUGAUGUUUUGUUUAUCUUUUGUUAUCUUUCUCUCCGUCUGUAAAUACCUGACCGCUUCGUUUCCCCCCAUUCCCCUUCUCGAGCGCCGUCCCCACGUGCAAUACAGCUGACGACCUGAGAGACAGAGGCAUACGAAAGAGAUAAAACAGAGAUAGAGAGAGGGAGAGUUAGAUGUGAAUGAAAGAGAUAAAACAGAGAUGGAGGGAGAGAGAGAAAGAGGUGAAUGAUAGAGGUGAAUGAUAGAGGUGAAUGAUAGGGGUGGACAGAGGCUGGUUCCCUGUCUGCUGUGUUCUUCAGUGAUCCGUUAAAGGCCUGUUACAGAAAAAAAGAUUAUUUUGAAAAUGAAUAACAUCUAUGUUUUGUAAAUGUCCUUGAGCUAAGGGGGAGAGAGAAAAAUAAGAAUAUACUUUGUACAUGUGGUCUUUAAUCUUGUAUAAAUAAAUAUAGCAAAAUAAAGUCUAGUUGAACAGAGCAGACAGAUACAUAAGUCCUGAGGAAGGAGGAGAAAAAGGUUGUUUCUCUUUUUCAUUUUUUACUAAAGUGAUGACAUCAGUGUUUCUCAGCUAUUCUUUUAGUAAGUCGAUAUUUUAUAGUUGAUCAAUAAAGAGGUGAAACUA